GUGGAGUUGAGUUUAGAUUGUUGAGCAUCUGGAGUGAUAACUUAUCUUGUUGAUCGAAGCAUUAAUCUAUUUUGCAGGACUACCUUGGUUCUGUUGAGGAGCAUGAUCAGUCAGUGUCAUGAUGGUCACAAUCUGAUCUUUCAAAAAUGAGGGAUUUGUAAGAGUCUGCAGUCACUGCAGGGGGUCUACAUGUGACUAAAAGGCAGCUAACUCUGGGAAGCCUACAGAGAAUAUGAGAGGGCUAUUCUGACCAUUGGUGAUGGUGAUGAUGAGGAGAAGGCAAUACAGAUGAUCCAGAUUCCCAAAUUCAUUGUGUUCCCCCAAAAUGUCUGUUUAAAGAAUGGCCAGUGACCGAGAUGUGCAAUGCAUGGAAGCGGUACGACUCUGAGGAUCAACUGGGCGACAUGGCUGGAUCCGAUGCUAACAAACUGCAAGGGUUUCUGGCAAAUGGUGACAAACUGCUACCAACAGAAAGAAAAGAACAGUCAUGCGGGAGCUACUACGUUUGAAGAGUAUGAAAUGCGUAACUUGACUCGAAGCCGGAAAUUAAGCAGUCCAGAGAACAGUUCAACCUUUGAAGAGUUCUCUCUGUCCGUUCCAGAUGUCUUGCCUGAGGUUCUUCUUGGACCAACACCCAAAGGGCCCUGUGUAGGACGACUUGCAAGUCUCAGCAGUAAUUUAUAGAAAGAUCACAAAGAAGAUGGAUGCUGGUGUUACCAGGUCUUCGCGUCUUGGUCGUUAGAUAAUACCCAGAAGUAAGAAAACGAUGGGAUGUGUGCAUUUUCGUAGUGACACAAGAACCAUCUUGUGAUCACUUGGACAAAGCCAUCAGCAGCAAAGCAUGGUGUUCCUGUUCCAGCUACCAGCAAAGAAACCACAAUGCUCUGCUUUGAAGUUCACAAAAAUGGGUCAAAAAGCAAAACAGAAUGAUCCGAGCAUUUCUGCCGGCUGGUCGAAGUCUAGCACAUGUCUAUUGUUGGGCUUAGGUUUGCCAUCCGAGAAAAAGCAGCUGAAAAUGCCUACAGAAAUGCAAGCAUAAAACAAAGACUUCAGGAACCAUGCAUGCAUCUUGACUGCCUGCCGAGUCUAUUCACCACAGCCACCGUGAUAUUUUUCUCACCAAAUGGCCUGUCAACCACGGCAUGCAUGACCCAGACCAUGCAAAAUGAUUCCUACUGUCUGCACUCUAUAAAGGGAACAUACUCCUACUGUCCUACACCAUUGGAAGCCGCAGGCCAGCAGCAAAAUGGUGGCUACUCCCAUUCUGCACCACCUCCACAUCCUCACGCUCCUCCUCAUAUGCUCCUGUUCCAUGCACGCUUCAGCCAACACCACCAACAGCACCGUCCCCUGCCUCCCAGACCAAGCCUCAGCCCUCCUCCACCUCAAACAUUCCUUCACCCAUGCAAACCUACAGUCAUGGCGAGACGGAGAGGACUGCUGCCACUGGGAGGGCGUCGCCUGCGAUGCAGCCUCCGGAAGGGUCAUCUCCCUGAACCUCAGCAGCAUCGUCGCGGUGAUCCGCCGCGUCGACCCCGCACUCCUCAACCUCACCUCCCUCAAGAGCCUGAGCCUCACCACCACACGCAUUUCCGAGGGGCUCUCUUCGCUGAGCAAGCUCCCAUCACUGAGCAGUCUGGAGCUUCACGGGUCGAGCUCCUGGGACCCGGUAGGUCCCGAGCUUUCUUCAGUUGGCGAUAUCAGGCAGCUGACAUCUUUGCGCCUCGAGAGAUAUGAUUUCUCUCGGUCACAGCCCUCUUGGAUCGGCAAUCUGACGGGCUUGGUGUACCUGCGCAUGAAGAGUUGCAGUUUCACUGGGACGGUGCCUGAUCAGAUUGGAACUCUUGCGAAGCUGACGCUGCUGGAUUUCGAAAAUUGCAACUACACCGGGCAACCGGUGCCUUCAUGGAUCGGAAACCUUAACAGGUUGACAACAUUGAGUAUCCAAGGUUGCCGGCAUUCUGGGUCGAUUCCCUCGGCAAUCGCAAACUUGACCCGGCUUGAAGUUUUACGGCUAGGGAACAACAGCCUUGUUGGGAAAAUUCCACAAUCGUUGUUCGCUUUUCCAGCAUUGAAAGUGCUUUCCCUAAAGAACAAUCAACUCUCUGGUCAUCUUGAAGACAUUCCUUCCCCUCUAUAUUCAUCCUUGUCUACUGUCGAGAUAAACGACAACCAGUUAACUGGCCAUAUACCCAAACCAAUCCUUCAGCUUAAACAUCUUGAAUACCUCAACCUUGAAUCAAAUAGAUUGUCAGGCACAAUCAAACUAAGCUCUUUCUGGAGGUUGGAGAAACUCUUUUUUCUUAGUCUAUCCAACAACAAGCUAUCAAUCGCCGACGAAGAAGGCGGUGACGUUUUAAAAUCUCUUCCUAACAUCUACCAGAUACACCUUGCAUCCUGCAACCUCACAAAAUUUCCGGGUUCACUGAGAUAUCUAGAUAAAGUUUCCGUUCUUGACCUUUCAAGUAAUCAAAUAAAUGAUGUUAUACCAAGUUUGGUAUGGGAGAACUGGAAGGACCAGCUUGAGAGUUUGAACUUCUCGCGCAACAUGUUCACGGCUUUGGAGAAGUUUCCUUCUCUUGUUCAUAUGCCACGCCUAACUGCUCUUGAUCUCAGCUUUAAUAGGCUUCAAGGCAGCAUACCAAUACCGGUAACUGCAAUGCCUGGGAAAGUAUUGGAUUAUUCAAACAAUAACUUCUCUUCCAUUCUUCCCGACUUUGGAAGAUACAUUAGAAGCUUCUACCUCAAUUUGUCCAAGAAUAAAUUAAAUGGUUAUGUACCAUCUUCCAUCUGCAGUGCAAGCCAUCUCAAUAUCUUGGACCUGUCUUACAACAAUUUUAGUGGAUCACUCCCAUCAUGUCUUAUAGGAAGUGGGAAACUAGCCGUGUUGAAGUUGAGAGAAAAUCAAUUCAAUGGGAUGUUGCCUGAAAAUAUUAGAGAGGAAUGCAAGUUUCGAACGAUAGAUUUGAACAGAAAUCGAAUUGAAGGUGAACUACCAAGAUCACUGUCAAAUUGUCAACAGUUAGAGCUUCUUGAUGUUGGUAACAAUCAGUUCCGCGGUUCUUUUCCAUCUUGGUUGGGUAUUCUUCCAAAGCUUCGCGUCCUUGUCUUACGGUCCAACCAGCUCAAUGGAACAAUAAGGGAUCUUGAUGGUGACCAUGGAACCACCAACCAGUUCCCAAGUUUGCAAAUACUCUGUUUGGCUUCCAACAGAUUCUAUGGACACCUGCCAAAAGGAUGGUUUAAUAAAUUCAAAGCAAUGAUGGAAAAUGUCAACGAGGAGGGACGAGUUUUAGGCUAUUACACAAACACGACGCAUGGAUUUUAUCAAGACACUGUUACCAUCACACUUAAGGGAUCCGACCUUAUUUUCACCAAGAUUCUAACUACUUUCAAAGCAAUCGAUUUCUCAAAUAACUCAUUUGAUGGUCCUAUUCCAGAGUCAAUUGGGAAUCUUGUUUCGCUUCACGGGGUUAAUAUGUCGUCCAACAAUUUCACAGGACAAAUGCCAUCUAGCCUCAGUAACUUGUCUCAGCUGGAAUCGUUGGACCUCUCCUGGAACCGGAUUUCAGGAGAAAUCCCGCAAGUGCUGACCUCUCUAACCUCUCUUGCUUGGUUGAAUCUUUCAUACAACAACUUGGUUGGAAGAAUACCGCAGGGCAACCAGUUCUUGUCAUUCCCCAAUAGUUCAUUUGAAGGCAACGUGGGGCUAUGUGGAAGUCCGCUCUCUAAACAAUGUGAGACUACAAAUUCAAGUGCAUUGGACCCUCCUGAACCUUAUAAUUUGUGGCAGGAUAAACUUGAUGCCAUCCUUCUCUUCACAUUUGUUGGCCUGGGGUUUGGAGUGGGCUUUGCAUCGGCAAUUACGUUCCGAAUGUUUUGUCACAUUGAAGGAUUGGACCGCAAGCGUUGGUAAAUCCAUGUGCUAUACCGCUAAGCAAAACUAUGUAGAGUAGUAUUUUAUAGAAAGUGCUUUUUAGGUAAACAGUACAAAGUACUUGUAUGCUCCAUUUCAUUGUAUGGAUUGCAAAGAUUGAUGAAUCAAAUAUGUGAUGUCACUACGAAUAAUAUGUAGUGUACACAAUGUUGAAGCUGGAGGAUCAAACUUUAUU